AUGGUUCUGCAAAACAUUGUACCUCCAGAAGUUAUCAAAUUAUUUUUUCCUAAUCUCGAAGAACUGUUGGAAGUGCAUGGCAAUAUGUCUAGAAUGAUGAGAAAUAUGGUGGAAGAAUGGAAACGAGAUUGUGAUUUAAACGGUUUAUUGGGUGAUGUUGGUUUGCUGAUGGAAGAUUUGUUCGAUGGUGAAAACGGUGUAAAGCUUAUGGAAGCAACUGCAAUCUUUUGUCAACAUCAGCAGCAUGCAUUGGACAUCCUAGGACAACGGUGUAAAAAGGAGAAGGACGAUCAGUUGAGCAGAUUUUUGAUUGAAGCUGAAUGCAAUCCCUUGUGUCGUAAGCUACAACUGAAAGAUAUGCUUCCUGUUGAGAUGCAAAGGCUUGUCAAAUAUCCGUUAUUAUUGGAAACAAUUGCCAAGUACACGCAAGAACCAUCUGAGGAACAAACGAAAAUUUUGAACAGUGUUAACUCUGCCAAGCGGAUACUUUCAGCAGUGAAUACGGCAAAACGAAAUGCUGAAAAUCUGAGAAGGUUGGAAGAGUUGCAGAAACGUUUAGUUACAACAUCUUACGAUCGUGAAAACUUCAGCAGCGAUUUCCAUUCUUUCAACUUGACACACUACAAGUUGAUCCAUGAUGGACCUCUCACUUGGCGUUGUAGUCGGAAUAAAAUGAUCGAAUUGCAUGUUGUGCUUCUUGAAAAUGUGCUAAUAUUGCUCACAAAAACGGGUGAUGGGAGCAAAUUGCUUCUGAAAGUUCAGGAACCGUCAAAAGAUACACGAUGGUCUCCCAUAUUACCUUUGACAACACUGAUUGCCAAGGAAAAGCUAAUGAUAAGAGGGCUUUAUUUAUUGUAA